AUGGCUUUACAUGCUCUCCUUCGAGCCAGAGCUCCCGGAGCUCUGACUCGGGGUGCACUCGCAUCAUCAAGACAAUAUGCUCGCCUUUUAAGUACGACGUCUUGUCGCCGUUCCAAUGAUUCCGAUCUCAACAAAAUCUCCCGCUUCAUCACACAACCCAAGGCGCAAGGUGCGUCGCAAGCUAUGCUUUAUGCGACUGGUCUUACCGAAGAAGACCUAUCAAAACCUCAGGUCGGUAUAUCGUCGGUAUGGUACGAGGGUAACCCGUGUAAUAUGCACUUGAUGGAUCUGUCGGCUGUGGUUAAAAAGUCCGUUGCACGCGCUGGGCUUAUUCCUUACCGGUUUAACACGAUCGGUGUCUCUGAUGGUAUAUCUAUGGGUACAACUGGCAUGCGCUACUCUCUUCAAAGUAGAGAAAUCAUUGCAGAUAGUAUCGAGACCGUUAUGCAAGGUCAAUGGUACGAUGCAAACAUUUCGUUACCCGGAUGCGACAAGAAUAUGCCUGGUGUCUUGAUAGCUAUGGGCCGAGUGAACCGUCCCAGUAUCAUGGUUUACGGUGGUACUAUCAAGCCUGGUUGCAGUAAGACUGGUGCACCAAUUGACAUUGUCAGCGCUUUCCAGGCGUACGGACAAUACAUUUCGGGUGACAUUACAGAGGAACAACGAUUCGAUAUUAUCCGACAUGCAUGCCCCGGAAAAGGUGCAUGUGGUGGAAUGUACACGGCAAAUACAAUGGCUACCGCUAUUGAGACAUUAGGAAUGACUUUAACAGGUAGCAGUAGCAGUCCUGCUGAUGACCCUAGCAAAGUCAAUGAAUGUGAGCGGGUUGGAGAAGCAAUCAAGCACGCCAUGAAGGAGGAUAUACGCCCGCGGGAUGUCAUGACAAGAGAAGCGUUCGAGGAGGCUAUGAUCGUAGUAAACAUCCUCGGAGGUAGCACAAACGCCGUCAUGCAUCUAAUCGCUAUUGCGGACUCCGUGGGAAUAAAGCUCACAGUGGACGACUUCCAAGCUGUCUCAGACAGGACACCCUUCCUUGCCGACCUAAAACCGUCCGGCAAAUUCGUAAUGGAAGACUUGCACAAGAUCGGCGGUACCCCUGCCCUACUCAAAUUCCUCAUCGGCGAGGGCGUCCUUAAGGGUAGCAAUGUCACUGUCACGGGCAAGACGCUGAAGCAGAACGUCGAGUCAUGGCCAUCAUUUCCCAAGGACCAGCAGGUCAUUCGACCAUUCUCCAACCCUAUUAAACCUACAGGCCACAUCCAAAUCCUGCGCGGCCAACUCGCACCCGACGGCUCUGUCGGCAAGAUCACGGGCAAGGAGGGUCUUGUUUUCACCGGCAAAGCAAAGUGCUACGAUCAAGAGGAUGACUUCAUUCAGGCUCUUGAGCGCGGAGAGCUGAAGAAGGGCGAGAAGACGGUAGUCAUCAUCCGAUACGAGGGACCCAAGGGUGGACCCGGUAUGCCUGAGAUGUUGAAGCCAUCGUCCGCUAUCAUGGGCUAUGGCCUGGGCAACGACGUCGCGCUAUUGACGGACGGACGAUUUUCAGGCGGCAGCCACGGUUUCUUGAUUGGUCACAUUACACCCGAGGCGCGUGAAGGUGGGCCGAUUGGACUGGUAAAGGACGGUGAUACCAUUACGAUAGAUGCGGAGAAGCGCGUCAUCGAUACCGACGUCAGCGACGCGGAGAUGGCAGAGAGGAAGAAGUCAUGGAGCCCGCCGCCGCCGCGAUACUCCCAGGGUACACUAACCAAGUAUGCUGCACUUGUCAGCGAUGCUAGCCACGGAUGUGUCACUACGGGACACUAA